AAAAAAAAUCAAAAUCAUAUUUAAUUCCUUUCUGUUCUUCAUCGGCAUAUAGAGAAUUUAGAUCUCUUCUACACCACUCUUCGCUCUGCUCUAGCUCUCGUAUUUGAGAUUCAGAUCCGAUAAGAAACUUGUAAGCUCAGAGAAAAUUAUCCAAAAGGCUUCUCGGCUUUUGAAAAGCUGUCUCCUUUUUUUUUUUACUCUGUUUGUGAUUGAUCGAAGAAGAUAGAAUCUCGCCUUUCUUCUUAUCAAAGCAAUACCGAAAACCCAUUCUCGUAUUACCCAUCUCGAUUCUUCCUCUGAUCCAUCGGUUUCAUUUCAAAAAGCUUCGAUUUUUAAAUUAGGUAUUUCCCACUCAGAAGUGCUCUGUUUUUGUUCGAAUCUCCGUUCUGUUUUGGACAUUUGCGUUGUUAGCUCUUUGUUUAAUUUACUCGGUGAAGUUAAGAAGCAAAUUCGGUAGAUUCUUCGUCAUAAUAAGCUUGAUUCGAAGCUCACUCUGAAGUGAUUCAUUUGGUCUUCUUUAAGUUAUUGUGGAUGCUCUGUUAGCUGAAGAUGCAGCCUGAUCAACGCAAAAAGUCAUCAGUGGAACUAGAUUUCUUCACGGAGUACGGUGAAGGCAGCAGAUACAGAAUCGAGGAAGUCAUUGGCAAAGGAAGCUACGGAGUCGUCUGCUCGGCUUACGACACGCACACGGGAGAGAAAGUCGCUAUCAAGAAGAUCAAUGACAUCUUCGAGCAUGUCUCUGAUGCGACACGCAUUCUCCGUGAGAUCAAGCUUCUCAGGAUCUUGCGCCAUCCUGACAUCGUUGAGAUCAAACACAUCUUGUUGCCGCCUUCGAGAAGAGAGUUCAGAGACAUUUACGUUGUUUUCGAGCUCAUGGAGUCUGAUCUUCAUCAGGUUAUUAAGGCUAAUGAUGACUUGACUCCUGAGCAUUACCAGUUUUUCCUCUAUCAGCUUCUCCGUGGCCUCAAGUAUAUACACACAGCUAAUGUUUUUCAUAGGGAUCUAAAACCGAAAAAUAUAUUGGCAAAUGCUGAUUGUAAACUCAAGAUCUGUGAUUUUGGACUUGCAAGAGUUGCAUUCAAUGAUACACCAACUGCUAUUUUCUGGACUGACUAUGUAGCUACUAGAUGGUACCGGGCUCCAGAACUGUGUGGAUCAUUUUUCUCAAAGUAUACACCAGCAAUAGAUAUAUGGAGCAUAGGGUGCAUAUUUGCAGAGCUCUUAACAGGGAAACCUCUUUUCCCCGGGAAAAAUGUGGUUCAUCAGUUGGAUCUGAUGACUGAUAUGUUGGGAACUCCAUCUGCGGAAGCCAUUGGAAGGGUAAGGAACGAGAAAGCUCGAAGAUACUUAAGCAGCAUGAGGAAGAAGAAGCCUAUUCCUUUCUCACAUAAGUUUCCACAUGCUGAUCCUCUCGCUCUUCGUCUUCUAGAAAAGAUGUUGUCUUUUGAACCUAAAGACCGGCCUACAGCUGAAGAGGCCCUUGCGGAUCCGUACUUCAAGGGUUUAGCUAAGGUUGAACGAGAGCCCUCAGCUCAACCUGUCACAAAGAUGGAAUUCGAGUUCGAGAGGCGGAGGAUCACUAAAGAGGAUGUAAGAGAGCUCAUCUAUAGAGAGUCUCUUGAGUACCAUCCAAAGAUGCUUAAAGAGUUCUUGGAUGGAUCGGAGCCAACUAACUUUAUGUACCCUAGUGCGGUGGAACAUUUCAAGAAACAGUUUGCUUACCUCGAGGAACACUACACGAAUGGUACUUCUCAUAAUCCCCCGGAGAGGCAGCAGCACGCAUCAUUACCUAGGGCUUGCGUUUUGUAUUCCGAUAACAAGAAUGGAGCGGGGGGACAACAGAGUUCAGUGGAAGUCACUGAUGGACUCUCCAAGUGUAGCAUCAGAGAUGAGAGACCACGUGGUGCAGACAGGAAUCCGCAGCGAAUCCCUGUUAACGUCCCUCAAACAAUCCAAGGUGCUGCAGUAGCUAGACCUGGAAAAGUAGUUGGGUCAGUGUUACGCUAUAACAACUGCGGAGCAGCCACAGGAGUUGAAGCUCUUGAGCAACAACAGCGUAGGAUGGUUAGAAAUCCGGUUGGUGUGGCUCAGUACCCAAAGAGAACUCAACCUUGCAAAAGCAGCAGAGGAGAUGAAGACUGUGACGCCGAAGGUUCAAGUAGGUUGAAACAAAACCCACAGUAUAUACCACAUAAAGUUGCCGCAGCACAAGAUACAUCAAUGAGUCGCUGGUACUGAGAUGCUGUUUUGAGUCUAGCAGGAGAAGCUUUACUACACGUAUCAGGUAGAGCUAAGAGAGAAGGGUGAGAAGCUCUCAAGAAAGAAAGAUUUUUCUUACAGAUCCUGUCAUGUUAUUUGUCUUUGUGUUCUUAAAAAUGACCUUUGUCCUUGACGUUGUAACAAUAUAUAUUUGCCUUCAAAUUCUUAUCCUCUAGAAUGAUAUAAUAAGUCCCACUGGAUCUUUGAUUUAAUAUAAAGCUUUUAGAAAAAGAUCCAUUGAAUUUGCUGAAUGAGAUCGUUUAAUAUCAGCCAUUAUCCUUAACAAAUAUGAUACAAAUGCAAACGCUGGAUCUAAUCAGAUCAGCCAUUUAUCCUUAACAGUAAUUAUACAAUGCACAGAUCUGGUUAAUGCAACCGCUGCUUCACUCGUCUUCCAUUUGCAUCACAACCGUCAGCAAACAUCUCUUUUCGAUAACCAGAUGCACUAACAGAAUGUUCACCAAGCCUCGCCACAUAGUUCAAAAGCUCAGUUAGUAAAGAUGGACAACUCUUUUUCAGAUAAUCAAACCCAUCUGUUUGCAUCACAGCUGAUAAGAGAAAAACAAGAGGGAAAACAACAUAAGCCUCAUUAUAUGAGUAGAGAGAGUUGAAUCAGAACGACCUUCCAACAAACAGAUUUAUCUUUUAUUUUCUUUACCUUUCAGGUUCUCUGGUAAAGAA